AUGAUCGGGCGGGGCGCAGCGCAGGCGGCAGGCGGGACGAGGUGACGGCCGAAGGAAGGAAGAAUUACAAGAAUUUUCAUUCUAUUUCUAACUAAUUACGGUGAUUGAUAUCACCUCUAGCUGGACCAACGCCUUAUUUUUAUACAGGCGCCCUAUAAAAGCUAGAAAAAUGUCUUCAAACACCGCAGCAGACGAAAUAGACGAAGCGAAGGAGCGAGCUCACUUUCGCGCCGUAGUGACUGCUUUUAAAUAUUAUAAACUAUGUAGUCUCGACAGGAUACAGAAGUCAGAGAAGAUGAUCGCCAAACUGCCGACCACGCACCAGCGUCGGCUCGAGAAGUACAAGUCCUACCUGUCCAAGUUCAAGAAGUGUCUGGACGUAAACAACAGCGUGGUGCAUCUAAUUAUCAAGGACGUGGACACAAUGUUCGAGAACGUGGAGCACACAACGACGGACAACGGCAGCAACGGCGCUGAGAGCUUCGGCUGCAACUACAACAACUGCGAGAUCAGCUCCCACAAGCAGCACAAGAUGCAGCACGACGUUGACAAGGUAGUGUCAGUCCUGAAGAACAUAGUCCGCGAUUGGAGCGCGCUCGGCGCGGCGGAGCGAGACCAGUGCUACAAGCCCAUAUUAGAGGAGAUGGAAGAGAGGUUCCCACUCGACGAAUACAGUGAACGCAGCCGCAUCAAAGUUCUAGUUCCCGGCGCUGGACUAGGUCGCCUCGCGUGGGAGAUCGCAGCCCGAGGCUACAGCUGCCAGGGGAAUGAGUUUUCUCUUUUCAUGCUGUUUGCGAGCAACUUCAUACUCAACCGGUGCCCUGAGGCGAAUAAGUACACGGUCCACCCGUGGCUUCACCAAUACGUGAAUAAUGUGACCUGCGAGCAUCAGCUACAAGGUGUAACCUUCCCUGACGUGAGGCCUGGCGGUGACCGACCGAACCACCACUUUUCCAUGACCGCUGGAGAUUUCCUCAAGGUGUACACAGAAGCGGAACAAUGGAACUGCGUAGCGUCUUGCUUCUUUAUUGACUGCGCGCCCAACGUUAUAGAGUUCAUAGAGCGGAUAUACGCCAUUCUAGAGCCCGGCGGAUACUGGAUCAAUCUCGGACCGCUGCUGUAUCACUACAGUGACAUGCCAUCGGAGAGCAGCAUCGAGCCGCCAUAUGACAUUCUACUCGAGAUUAUUAGAGACAUCGGCUUCGAUAUUUUGAAAGAGCAAACGGGCGUGAAGACGAAAUACGCCCAAAACCCCAACUCGAUGAUACAACACGAAUACGACUCUGUGUUCUUCGUGUGUAGGAAGCCUUAUUGUAUGUAAACACACACACACACACA